AUGCACCGCCUCAAGAACCAAUAUGAGAGCGAGUCCAUUGCCCAAAUUCAAAAUCUGCGGCGUUCACAAAACGGCAACUCGGAGAUCCAAGAACUCAACAUCCGCAAACUUAAGGAUGUCAUCGAGGAGAAGAACUUCGAAAUUGAGAGCCUCAACCGCCAGCUCCGCCUCAAGAAAGGCCCACUAGCUGACCUGGUGAAGGCUGAGCACGAGAACGUGCGCAACAACUUGCUGCGCCAGCAUAAGAAGAACGAGGAUGAGCUGCGCAACCUCCACGAGGCCAAGGUGAAGCGCCUGGUCUACGAGAUCGAGGAGAAGAAGCACGAGAUCGAGGAGGGCAACAACCGCCUCAAGCGCAGCGGCAAGGAGGGCGAGGCUGAGAUCGCCCGCCUCAUCAACGAGAACGGCAACUUGCGCAACGAGCUCAAGGACAACGACAACCGCAACCGCACUCGCAUCGAAGAGCUCACCUCCCACUACGACGCCCAGUUCGCGCAGGAGCGAGAGGUGAACGGCCAGAGGGAGGGCAACCUGCGCAGCUUCUACGAAGCCGACAUCGCCAUCCUGCAGGCCGUCAUCGCCGCCAAGGAAGAAGAAACCCAAAGACUGCUCCAGAUCAUCAAGGACCUCAAGCGCAACGAGGAGAACCGCCUCCAGCAGAUCAAGGAAAACAACUACGAGCUCAAGCACAAGAUCGAGGACAUCGUCAAGCACUACGAGCGGGAAAUCGAACUUUCCAAAAUCAAGAUUUCGCAGCUCUACGAGGCCGACCUUGAAAGUCUACGCAAUAAGCUCCAGAACAGCUAUGCCAACCAUACUCACGAGGUCGAUGCUCUCCGAGGAUUGCUCAAGGAAACCAGGGAACGCCUUGCCAAUGAAGUCCAGGAGAGGCUGGACUUGCGGAAGGACUACGAGCUGAGACUGACUGAUUUCGCAGUUUCCCACGAUAGAGUCCAGAAGGAACUCAAGAACGUGAUUGCCCAGCGUGAGAAGGAAAUCGAGGGCCACACAUCCAAGGCCUCGCUCACCCACAUUUCGCACAACCAGCUGCUGCAGACUCGCAACUUGGACAUGAAGCAGAUCAUGAACGAGAAGCGCACCCUCGAGGGGCAAAUCCAGAGCAAGAACAAGGAAAUCGAGUCCCUCAACCUCAAGAUCCAGCAGAUGCUCGGCCUCCACAAGCACGACAUCGACAAGCUCGAAGAGGAAAACGACCGUCUCAAAAACGAGCACAACGCUUGGCUUGCCCGCCAGGAGAAGGAAACUGCCGACUGGCACCAGGAACGCAAUGACCUCAACGGCCGCAUCGACGAGCUCAACCGCAAGAUCGCUUCUCUCAAGAAGCAGCACUCCGAUAAGGAGGCAGAGCUGACUGCAUCCAACAACUAG